CCGCGGGUCUGGGGCUGCCUGCGUGUGGGCGCUUGGAGUGCAGCGCUGCCCCCACGUGGCAGCCACCAAGGGCUUGCCCGCAGCGCGGGCUCCCUGCACCCCAACAGGCAAGGCGCGCAACUGGCAGCAGCUCCCUCCGAAGCACUAUGGCUGGCUUUUAUGCUUGCCUGGAGACCAGAGUCUAGCAAGUGAUUGUAGAUAAAGAAGAGGGCCAAGGACAGAGCCCUGUGGUGCUACAACAUUUCAAAUUCAGGGAGAAGAGAAAGAUCCAGCAAAGGACACCCGGAAGGAACAGCCAAUAAGUGAUCCUACCAUGGCUGAAUUUAUGAAUGAAGCUUCUGGCAGUCUGGAAAUUCUGGAGACCAGUGAUGAGGGAAAGAAGAAAUUCAAAUUUAAAGCCUUCAAGAGCUUUUUUGGCAAGAAGAAGAAAAAAGAUCCUGAAGAUGCCCACGGAGGGACUAUGCUGAAGUCAAGCUUGUCCACCAGCAACCUUAGCAUCUCUUCUCUGCAGCCAGUUCCAGAAGAUCAACAAACUGAGCCUAGGCCCAAGAGCGGUAUGGGGAACAAAGCCCUAUCCCAUGAUAGCAUCUUCAUGUUGGAAUCUGAGCCUGAAAGAUCAACAAAUACAAUGUGUCUCUCUACAGAGCACCAGAGAGGCAGAACUCUGCAGAGAUCUCAUGUUUCCAGAACCCUGCCUAGAACUGGGAGCAAUAAUGUGCAUGGAGUUGUGUCUGAGGCCAUGUUUAGAGAUGAGCCAAGAAGUGAAGUCUCGACUGAGGAUUCAAAGAUGACUGAGAGCUCUGAGCCACCAUCCGGACCUGAUGACUCCCAGUCCUUCACUGCAUUUGCCAUGCUUGCCUCUACCGGCAGCACCCAGCUGCCCAUGGGUUUCAGCACCCCACCCACCACCAAGGGCUGUUUGGAUUCUUCGGCUGCUCGACACAAGAUGGCUUUAAAUCCUCGGAAACAAAAGAAGAAAAAGAACCUUCAAGGGAAACUGAAGCAGGAGGAGUCUGAAGAAGAAAAGAUUACAACCAAACCAAAAGAAGCCACCCGAAAGAAGCUGAAAAAAAGCAGUGCAGGUUUCUCAAGCCAGGAACAGAACAGCAAAACUGAGAUUUAUGAUAAGAAGACAACAGAUCAGGCUCUAAACACGAAUGCUGCUGCACGUCUGGGCUAUCCAGCAUUAGCAUCACAUGGAAGAAGACGGAGAAGAAAAGGAUCAAGUACUUCCGGGACGAGUGAGUCUGGAUCCAAAGGAAGAAGCUUUAAACAAUCCAGUCGAGGGCGUGGCCUGGGCGACAGAGCUGGGUACUCACCUACUGAUAAGACUGACAGAAAUUUCUGGCACCUGUCCUUGGAGAAGCAAGUCAUGGAGCAGCAAACAACCAUACAAGCAGAAACCACCACUUCUCAGGAGUUUCUUUCAGAUAAAGGUGACACAGGCAAGAGAAAUGCUGGCAUAGAUUUCGAAGCCAGAAAAGCAUCAGCACAACCCAUACCUGAAGAUGGGGAAGAGUCCAUGGCUAGUGGUCCACUACCAUGCCAUGAAGAGGAGGCUUCUGGAGCUGUGAAGACAGAAACCAGAGCUUCUCAUUUACCAAUGGUGAAAAGCCUUUCUACAACCCAAAAAGAGUCCAUUCUCUCAGUGGCAGCAGAGGCUCAGAUGUUUAUAGAUCCUUCUCAUAUCCAGUUGGAAGAGAAAGAAGCUUUCAGUGUUUGUUCACAAAAUGUCCAAUCCAAAAUGGAGUCAGCCCACAGUGUCACAACUACCCACAAAGGAAAGCUUCCUAAAAAUGCUCUCCAGGCCUUUGCAGCAAGCGUUUGGGGUAUGAUGGGUGGUACUAGUAAUACGGCCGAGGGAGGCAUUUUUGCCCACAGGCUACCUCGCAAAAGCCUUGCCAAGUCCUUGAGGAAGCCUGAAGCUGAAGAUGUCCCCUCCGAUUCGGAGAGUGCUUCAGAGGAGGAGAGUGGUUCUGAGGAGCAGCUGGCUCCUGGACACACUUUCCAGUCCUCGUGGAAGCUUGAAGAUGAAGAAGAAGUCUUCCCAGAAUCAGAAGGUUUAGCUGUCAGAUUAAGCCAUUUUGAGAAGCAGGUGUCUCCUGGAUACUCUCCCCAGUCUUUGGGGAAGCCUGAAGCUAAAGAAGUCUCCUCAGAUUCAGAGAGUAGCCCCAAGGAGGAGAGCGGUUCUGAGGAACUGGCUCACAGUCACUCUUCUCACUCCUUGGAGAAGCUUGAAGAUGAACAAGCAAUCUUGUCAGAAUCACAAAAAUUUGUUAUGGGCUUCAACAGCUCUGAGGAGCAGCUGGUCCCCAGAUGCAUUUCCCAGUCCUUACAAGAGCCUGAAGAUGAAGAAAUCUCCACAGAAUCUGAUAGUUAUGUUGAAAAGUACAACAGUGCUGAGGAUUGGAGCAGCUCGGAGGAAGAUCUGCCCCUCAAACACCCUGCCCAGGCCUUAGAGAAGCCCGAAGACCAACAAGAAGUCUCUUCAGUUUCAAAGAACCCUUCCAAAGAGGGGAAUGUUUCUGUGCAGCAACUGGCUCCCAUAUGCCCUUCUCAGCCCACUGUGAGGCUUACUGUUCAGCAACAAGUCUCCACCAGCUUAGUGAGCACUGCUGCAGAAUGGAGCAGUUCUGCAGGGCCUAUGCCUUCUAGACACCCUUUCCAGCCAUGGGUGAGCCCUACAUGUGAGCAACAAGUCUCUGCAGGUCCAGAGAGCGCUGCUCUGGAGUGGGGCAUUUAUGUGGAGCCACUGCCUCCCAGAAUGUCUUCUAAGCGCCUGAUGAGAUCUAAAGUUGAGCAAAAAGUCUCCACAGGUCCAGAAAUUACAAGUAUAGAAGGGGCUGUUUCUAUGGAGCUGCUGUCUCCUAAAUGUCCUUCCCAGCCCUUGGUGAGACCAAUGGUCAAGCAACAAGUCUCUGAAGAAGCAGAGAGUGCCGCUGUUGAGGGAAGCAUUUCUAUGGCAUUGAGCCCUCCUGGACACCCUUUCCAGCCAUGGGUGAGCCCUAAAGUGCAGCAAAAUGUUUCCUCAUUUCCAGACAGUAUGGCUGUUGAGGGGAGCAUUUCUAUGAAGCCUCUGUCUCCUAAUCUUCUUUCCCAGCCCAUGAUAAACCCUAACGUUCAACAAAACAUGUUCUUAGGUUCAGAAGGUGCUGCUGGGGAGCCUCUUCUCUCCAAAUAUUCUACCCAGCACUUCACAAAUCCUCAAGUCCAGCAAAUGUCAGAAAGCACUGCCAUCGAGGAAGCCAUUUUUGUGGAGCUGCUGCCUCCUGGAUGCCCUUCCCAGCCUUUGGGGAGGUCCAAAUUGCAACCACAGGUGAUUACCCUAAACUCAGCAGGCACUGCUACAGGAUGGAGUGGUCUUGUGGAGCCAGUGCCUUCCAGACACACCUUCCAACCAUGCGUGCACCCUACAUUUGAGCAACAAGUCCCUGCAAGUCCAGAGAGUGCUGUAGCUGAGGGGAGCAUUUCUAUGGAGCCAAUGUCUGCCAGACACCCUUUCCAGCCAUGGGUGAUCCCUACAUUUGAGCAACAUGUCUCUGCAGGUUCGGAGAACACUGCUGUUGAGUGGGGCAUUUCUAUGGAUCUACUGCCUUCCAGAAUGCCUGCUCAGCCCCAGGCGAGAUCAGUAGUCAACCAACCAGUCUCUGCAGGUUCAGUGAGUGCUUCUGCAGAAUGGAGCGGUUCUAUGGAGCCCAUGCCUCCCGGAUGCCCAUUCCAGCCCUGGGCAAACCCAAAAUCCAAACAACAAAUCUCUGCAGGUUCAGAGAGCUCUGCCGCUGAGGGGAGCAUUUCUAUGGAGUCGAGGCCUCCCAGACAUCAUUCUCAGCCCCGGAUGAGAUCAGUGUUUGAGCAAGAAGCCUCCUCAGGCUCAAUGAGCACUUCUACAGGAAAGAGCACCGAUCCUGUGGAGCCAAGACCUUCCAGAUACGCUGUGCAGCCUUGGGUGAACCCUAAAUUCAAGCAACAAGUCUCUGCAGGUUCAGAGAAUGUUGCCACUGAAAAGAGCAUUUCUUCAGAGCUGCCAAUUCUCAGACGUCAAUCCCGGUCCACUGUGAAACAGAAAAUCCAGCAAAUGUCCUCAAGUUUUAAUGCUGCUGGUGAGAUGACCAGUUCUGGGAGGCCACUGCCUCCCAAAUAUCCUACCCAGUUAUUGGUGAAGUCUAGAGUUCAGGAAAUGUCCUCACGUCUAGAAAACAACACUGGUACUGAAGAAAGCAUUUCUAAGAAAUCACAGGGUCCCAGGCGUCCUUCCCAGUCGUUUGUGAAGUUUAUGGCGCAGCAAAUCUUUUCAGAGAGCCCUGCUGUUGAGGGAGGCAACGUGGAUCCUCUGCCUCAAGAUCCUUUUAAAUCUUCCACCAGGCCUAAAGUCGAGCACCAAGUGUUCUCAGAAUGGGAGAGUGCUGACCCUGAGGGAGGCAUUUCUGUGAAGAGGCUGCCUAUGAAGCAUCCUUUACAGCCUGCAGGGAAGUCUGAAGAACCACAAGAAGGUUUCUCAUAUUCAGAGAGUGCUCCUGAGAAGUGGAGCGAUUCUAAAAAGCAGCCACCUCUGCAACAGCUUUCCCAGGACUUGGGGAAGCUUGAGUACCAGCGAGAAGUCUCCUCAGUUUCUGACAGCUUGUCUGAAGAGGGCAAGAAAUUUGAAGAACGGAUGCCUUCCAGAUGUCCUUCCCAAGCCUUGGAUGAGUCUGAAUUACAGCCACAGGUUGUCCCAAUGCGCUCAGCGAACAUACCUAUACAGUGGAGCAGUCCUGCGGGGCACCUGCCUCCCAGUGACCCUUUCCAGGCUUUUGGAGACCCUGAAUAUCAGCAACACAUUUAUUCAAGUUCUGCUCCUGCUGAGGGAACCAUUUUCGAGAGCAAUGCUGACAGCUGGUCCCCACCAAGAGUCCCAGCUGCUCCAAACAAAACCAAGAAGCACAGUCAAGGUUCUGAAGACCUCAUUAAGAGCAGCCUGACGCCUGCUACCAAACCUGGGAAGUUUACCACUGAUCCUGCAGGGCAAACAUCCAUUUCUGGGGGCACUUACACUAAGGAAGAAGUUCUUGAGAGUGAUGGUAAAAAGAAUAACUGGCAUUCAGAUUUACGCAAUGAGGGUGAUGUUGAAAACCUUUUUGGAGUUCGACUGAAGAGAAUCUCUUCCUCACAGAAGUAUAAGAGUGAGCAACAAGAUUACUUUACCCAGCUUCCUUCCUUGCCCUUGGGCCCAAUCUCACCCUAUGCAGGUAGAGAACCUCAAAUCAAAAGAAGCACUUCCCAGGGGCUCCUGAACACUGCAGAGAACCUCACCGCAAUAUCUGACUCUGCAGAGAAGCAAAAUAGCAGCUCCAAAUCUGAAGGCAUGGCCAAGAAGAAACCUGCUUAUAAGACCUCAGAAAACCAUCCUGGUCAGCCAGAUGAUGCCAUCUCAGAGCCAGCUUGGAUAACCAUGGCAAUGCAGAAGCAGAGGAGUUUCCAGGCCCAUAUUCCUAUGAAAGAGCCAAAAACCAAGAGCACAGCUGGAGCCAAGGCUGAGACUAAGGAGCCUAAACAUGGGGGAACUGGCCCUGCCAAUGAAAACCAACCAAAAAUGAUUUUAACUGCUGAUGUCCGUAAACAGGGGAAAGCAGCAGAGAUGAAGCUACCUAAGUCUACCAAAUCAGUUGAGUUUGAAGAUCAGAAGAUACCACAAGUACCUACCAUGGGGAAAGAAACCAAACGAUCUUCAACUCUCCCAACUACAUUCCAACAGCUGGUUAAGCUGGAUAAGUCUGUUGAGCCGAUUGAACCUGUCUGGUUCUCCAUGGCCAAGAAGAAAGCCAAAGCAUGGAGCCACAUGGCAGAUAUCAUGCAAUAAGUAGUUCCUGGGUGUAGUCUCAGCAUUUUAAAUGAUAAUUGCCAAUAGCUGUAUUAAUAGUGAUCUCUUUACUGUUACCAUUUUUUAUUAAGCAAAAAAGCCUUAGAAAUGGGAAUUAAAACAUAAUUAUUUGAAUGAAAUAAAUGCUAUAAUGCCUAACCUUCAGUACAGUCACUACCACCAUCAGGAAACCCAGCAUUUCCUCGAUAAAAAACCAUGGCAAGUGUUUGCACUGCUGUAGAAUUGCAAAAUCUUCAGCUUUGGAUAAUGUGCUUUAGAAAGGAGAAAUCAAAAAACAUUUUGUCAGAGCAACUAAAAGGUUGUCAUUUCCCUUGACCAAAUGAUGCAGUUCUGAUGGAAACAUCCAGAUGAUUUGGCUCAAGGAUUGGCUUUUAAGUUUUAUAAGCCUAGAUAAAUGCUUCAGUUAUUCAGUUGUUGCUCCAAGCUUUGCAAAGGCUCCUAAAAGAGGUGGUGCAAGUGAAAAUUCUGGGUCUCCAAGAAAAAUUUUGCACAGCCAUUUCCCCAAUCAGUUCACUACUGCUUGAAAUACCUUCCCUGAGUCCCUAGGAGCCUCCCCCCCCCAGUGUUUUCACCUUGG